AUGGACUUUCACGCCAUGAGACUCCCUGAAGAUGUUUUGGAGAAGAUCCAGGAUGAGCGAGACAGGCUCGGCCAUCCUGUGCUCACAGAUGCUGAUCUCGUUGAAGCACGAUCCGAAGGGAAGAUGUUGAUCAUCAUUGCCGGGAUGGUCUUCGACGUGACCAAGUUCCUCGAGGAACACCCAGGGGGCUUCGAGGCGCUCGAGCGCCACAUUGGAAGAGAUGCCUCUGAUCCUUUCUUCGAGCGCCAUGACAACCCUGCUUUCCAGCUGUUGCCGAGGUAUUACUAUGCCGACUAUGCUGCUGAUGAUGGUACGGCUGCGUUUGGCGAGCUGCCAAUCCUGAGGGAGGAGAGCGGCGAGACCUCGAUGAACGAAGACGAGGCCACUGCAGAUGCUGAGCUCAAGGCACGCACUGAUGAAUCCCAUGAGGAUCAUCAUGAAGAUCAGGACGAUGAACGCGCUGGUUCGGGUUACAAGGAAGAUCUGCCCGAGGGCGUAACUGAAACUGCGGGUGCCGCAGGCCCUUCGCAGGAGGGAGUAGUACCUGCCAUGGUUUUGGAUGCAAAAGAGAAUGGUGUGCUGGAAAAUGGAUCUUCAGAGGAAGCGCAUUCGGAGGUAGAUUCAAAGCCUGAUGAGGAGGAGAAAAGGAAAAAUUCCAAGGAUGAUGACAAGCACAGUGUAGCUACAACAGAGUGCAACCAGCCGCCGACUCUGAACAUUCCUGCAACAGGAUGUCCUUUUAUGGCUCUAGCGAUGCUCAAAGAAGCAGGCCACGAACCCGUCACACCUAGCAAGACCAUGUCGAGAACGGGAAGCUUCAAAAUGAGAUCAGGCUCAGACGACAUGACUUCGAAUAAUCCGUAUGGCUCUUUCAGUUCUUUUCCGAACAAAGCGACUGAGUCACCGAGAUCGGUCAGAUCUCGAGAAGAUCUCUCUUCCUCGAGGCCCACCACAACUAAGAACAGCAGCAGCAUGAACUCAAGGUCUCGCAAGGGCAGGGGAACUAACAUCAACAAGGCUGGAGGUGUGUUCCGUGGACAAAUGCACCGCAAACGGCGUCUCGCCAAGCUGAAGAAGGCUCCUCCUAUCGAUCAGUACCUAUGGGACCUGCACUCUGCUCGUAUUGCAUCAAGUUGGACCGAGUUGGUGAAGAAGUCGGAUUACGCAGAGAUCGGACGUCGCAUUUAUGGCUCAGUGAAGGCGAACGACACUUUGGAACCUCUCUUUCGCUUCACAAACCAAACUGUGCAAGGCACAAAAUUCGUUGAUAUGCUCUCCAGCAUCGUUGAGAACAUCAACAACCCGCAGACUAUCUUUGAAAAAGUGAACGAGCUGGCCCCGAUGCAUCACAGGAAAGGUGUGAAGGCAGCGCACAUGCCAAUAAUGAAGGGCAUUAUUGUUUCGUUGCUGAAGCAUGUGCUCGGAGACGAAUUCACCAACGAGGAUGAAGAAGCUUGGAAUUGGAUAUGGCAGUAUCUCACACAGAUUCUCGAUCAGUCCUUGCAGGAUGUUGGCUCCAACUUGGGUCUCGUAAGAGAAUGCUGGGACUCAAUUUGUGAACAGUACACGACAAAUGAACUUGGUGAGAUGGUGUACGACCAUUUGUUCAAGAUGGCUCCAAACCUGACAAUGUUGUUCACGAAACCAAGAUCGUACAUGGCUGUGAAGAUGGGCGACAUGUUGUCCAUGCUCGUGUCCUUCGCCGACAGCUCUGAAUCGAUGAAGCAGCAGAUUUCAUGGCUGGGUUUGCGCCACGUCAAGUACAAGAUCAGACCCCAUCACAUCCCGCUGAUGGGACCGGUCUUCCUUGCUGUUGUGGCAGAAGCAGCUGGUGUGCACUGGUCGCAAGACACAGAGAAGGCGUGGUCUGUCCUCUUCAAUAUGGUUUGUGUCAACAUGGCAGAUGCGAUACAGGAGGGGGAGGAGUAUGCAGAGGCUCUAGAGAAGGCGAUCGGAAUCUUGAAGGAGCAGGUGGACGCGACCAGCAUGGUGGCAACGAUCAGAGCAGAGCUGGCGACCAACUGCCCUUCCAUGUUCGACGACGAGGCGAGCUCUGGGUCCAAGGGGUUGUCGAGGCUGAAACGUAGCGGACGGCUCAUGUCGGUCUCAUCCGGCAACCCAAGCAAUGAGUCGGUCAAGUCAGGCUCGGAUAGGAGGGGAAGCGUUCCCGAUCUUGCGUUGCAUGAUGUUUCGCAUCUCCUUCAUGCCAGUGCUGCGAAAAAGAAAGAGCCAGAAAGGAAGCUGAGUACAACCGGAACGUCCCGACCGAAUGCGAACACUUUUGAAGGGAUGGCGGAGGAAACGACCGUGAACAUCAUCGAGAGCGUGUACGACUUCUUCCUGGAGACCGGACAGAAUGUUUGGGACCCUGAGAAGCAGAUGGAAAUUGUUGCGAUCUGUGCUCCUCGCCUGUUUGCAUGGGGCAUGAGGGAGAAGCAUCUGAAAGAUGUAUGGUUGGCGAUCGAGCGAGCAAUCACCAAGACUGCGGAGAGCCUGUUCGAUGAGAGGAUGAUAAGCUCCCUUCGCUGGUUCUGGAAAAGCAUCUCCGAGGCAUUGCAAGAAGAGUUCAACGCCUCUGAGAACGGCUACAACGACCUGGUCUUGAGCAGCUGGGAUAUUGUCAGACAGAGAACGGAAGUGCAGGAGCUUGGGGAGAAGUUCUGGAAGUAUCUCAACUGCAUGAGCCCUGAGCAGACGAACCUGUUCCGCCGAUCGCUGAGCAUGUGGGGCCAUCUGCUUCACCAUAUCGUGAACAUGCUGCUCAUCAGCAUUACAGACCCCGAGGAGUAUUAUGACCUCAUGUUUGAGCUCACUAUCCGCCACAUCCGCUAUGGAGUUCGCUCCGAAUAUUUGAAUCCUUUCGGAAACGCCUUGUUCGCAACCUUCGAAGAGAUUCUUUCCGAUGUCUGGGAAGAGAAGACGACGAAGGCGUGGAAGCUGGUUUGGAAGAGAGCCACAUGCAACAUGUCAAGAGGGCUGAACAUGGGAGGCAACGCGAUCACGCAAGCUCUAGUAGAAGGGAACGUGGAGGCGCUACAGGACGCCAUCAGCUCGGCUCCCCGCAGCAAGAGAGCAGAGUGGUUAUGUCAGAUUGAUAUCAACGGCGCCAUCAUCUCCCCCUUGAUCUGGGCGAUGCACGAUGGAAAGACAGCGAUCGUAGACUUCAUCUUAAGCGACCUGCUCACUAUCCGAGCGGACAUCCAUGGAUACUACUACGGGAGGGAGGAGCUCUUCAAGUACCACGAUGAUCUGAUUGGAGAGAUCUUGCGGGAGGCUCCUGACUCGAUGACCGUCCUCCUGGACGGGCUCAUGUGGCACUCCAAGGAGAAGCUGAUGGGACGAUUGGUGAGAGUGAACUACUAUAUCAAAGACGUGUACGGUGAACCUAGAGAAAACGUCGACUCCUGGGCUUCACCUCUAGGACGUUUCAUCGUGCUGGGCGAUAACCACACGUUCCUGCAUCCGAUUGUCAAACAGACUCUGCAGCUCAAGUGGCAGAAGUUUGGUCUGUUCCUCUUCUGCUUGAAGGAGGUCUGGUACCUCGGCAUGCUCAUCACGUUCAUGGUUGGCCAUGUGCAAGACCCGAGCGGGUGCAUAGGAAGGCUGCAAAAAGAUCGUAUUGCCCUCUCCGUCAUGGCAGUUGUCACUCUGGGCGUUCAGAUGAAAAUGGUCAUGACGCACUUUGUCAAGCGGCUGUGCAUCACGUAUCAGAUCGGCUCCUUCGAGAUUAUAGUCCCUCGUUGUCUGGCGAGCAUCUGGACGCUUGUCAGGAUCACUUCCUGUGUUCUCCUUAUCUACGUCAUGUCACGCGAUGGAUGCAAUCACUGCGUGAACAACCCGACGUCUGCUUCCUGCACCAACAUCACCAACACCUCUACCCGAGCAGAGUACUGGGAUGAACCUGCGGACAACUUCGGCAUGUUGGAGCAGUUCAGCCUCCUUGCAGCCAAGGCCAAGGGCGACACAGGAGUAGCGACGGCCACUACACUGGCUUCAUCCAAGGAUCGAUCCGCCAUGGCGUUUGUUGGUGUUCUCCUGUGGAUUCAGAUGUUCCAGGCUUGCAUUCUGUCAACACCUCUCGCUGCUUUUACCUAUACCAUUGGCAUCAUGUUUCUUGAUAUUAGCCAUUCUUUGUUCAUGAUCUUCAUCCUCAUCUCAGCGUUCGGCUCUGCCCUGACAAUGAUCGGCGAGCCUCCUUUCGAUCAGGGUUGGGAUCAUACGCUGGCUGUGCUGCUCCAGGAGGUUCUUGGCGUAUCCCAGCAGUACUAUCCAGAGAUUGGCUCCUUCACUCGCUUCCUCCUUCUUGUCUACGUCUCGAGGAUCUUCGAUGACAUUGGCUUUGAUGAGCCCCUCAACUUCAGUGCCAACGACUCGGGGCCGGCAGGAGGCGUUCAGCUCUUCGAGCGAGACGACCAUCCCAAGUACGUUCCCGACCGCAUCCUUCGCUUCACCGGCGAUGCCUCCCCUGAGGAUCCAUGGCCCGAGAUCAACUGA